GCGAGGUCUGCGAGACUGGCACAGCUGCUCCGGGGAUCCGAGGCUGCAACCUGCCGGCUGGGCCUUCACGAGAUGAGCGAGCAGGUCAAAUAUCUCAGCCGCCAAGCAGAUCUCCACGAGGAACAGCUGGCCAUCAUCAGCAACCGAAGGACGGCUUCUGUGCUCGUCCGCUCUGUCGUCCGACGGGUGCUGGCGCGGCAGAGCCCCGAAGCACAG